AUGACCAUAGCCUAUACUCCAGACUCCCAGGUGGAGACUGCGUAUCAAACCCUUCGCGACACCUUCCGAUCGGGCCGCACUCGGGAGAUCGCCUGGCGCAAAUGGCAGCUGAAACAACUGUGGUGGCUUGUCGAGGAGAACGAGCAGCGGAUUCUUGAUGCCCUCCACCAAGACCUCCACCGACACACCUUCGAGUCCAUUUUCAGCGAGUUGCGAGGAAUAAAGACAGACAUUCUGGACCAUGUCAAAAACAUCGACAAGUGGACCGCAGACCAGGUACCGAACUCGGGGUUGGUCAUGAAGUCGCUACUGCGUCCGACCAUUCGCUAUGAACCCCUCGGCGUCGCAUUGAUUAUCGGGCCCUGGAAUUAUCCCACGUCGCUGAUAAUUCAGCCCUUGACUGCCGCCAUUACCGCCGGCUGCACGGUGAUGUUAAAGCCGUCGGAGAUUGCCGUCGCUACCCAGAACCUGAUGGUCGAGCUGAUUCCCAAGUACAUGGAUCCCAGCGCCAUCCAGAUCGUGACCGGAGGAGCAGCCGAAACUGGGAGUCUCAUGGCGCGGAAAUUCGACCAUAUCUUCUUCACGGGAUCAGUUAAUGUAGCCAGAUACGUUGCUGCCGCUGCGGCGAAGAACCUCACCCCAACCACGCUGGAAUUGGGAGGGCAGUGUCCGGCUAUUGUGACUAAAUCGGCAGAUAUCGAGGCAGCCGCGCAGGAUAUCACUUGGGUUAAGUUUCUUAAUUCGGGGCAGAUCUGUCUCUCAGUCAACCAUGUGUUCGUCCAUCCGGACGUGGAGAAGCAGCUUGUGGAGCGACUGACCUUCUACUUCAACAAAUACUUCUCCGAGGGAGAGAAAGGGAUGACAAGGAUCGUGAACCAAAAAAAUUACGAUCGGUUAAAGGGGCUGUUGGAGAAGACGAACGGCUCGGUGCAAACUGAUGCAGUCUUGGAUACCGAGAAGCGCCAAAUUCCUCCCUCACUCGUCACGAAUGUCAACAUGACAGACACGCUUCUUUCCGAGGAGCUCUUCGGAUCUAUCUGCCCCGUCAUCACGUCGACAACCCAAGAUGCCAUCCACUCGAUCAACGAUCUCCCUGCGCCUCUUGGUCUAUAUAUUUUCAGUCAUGACGAGCAGGAGAUUGAGCAUAUCCUCUCAUCCACCCAGUCCGGCGGCGUCACCGUCAACAAAGUCGCCUUGCAUGCUGCGGUUCCUGGCGCUCCCUUUGGUGGUGUCGGUGAAUCGGGCCACGGAUACUACCAUGGAGAAUGGGGAUUCAAGGCUUUCUCUCACAUGCGCACGAUCGCCCGACCGAGGCCAUUAAUGUCCAAACUUUCUACCUUCGCACUACCGCCAUACUCGAUGGACAAGUUGAAGUGGCUGCAGGUGAAGAACAGUCUGGGAUUCAAACGAGACUGGACUCUGGAAGAUGAGAGGAGAGCGAGUAGCCGAGGCUUAUUGCAGAAGCUCGGUGCGCGCGCUAUUCACAUUCUCGCGCUUUUGGUGUCUCUUGGCUUGGUGGAUUACCAAACAAACCAACGUUUUGGAUUACUUCGUCGAGCUAUCGGGGCGGUUGAGUACAUCCGAAAAUGGUUUGGAUGA